CGUCUUGACAGCAUUAUGGGCCCCUGGGCAAACCAGUGUGCUGGGGCCCCGUUGACAACCACUCAUAGAAAUAAAAACCCCCCUACUUGUUGUGCAGCAUUAAACGCUUGGUGGAUUCUGAUUCCAAGGUCCUUAUCAUCAUUAAUCUGCUGCAAGAUGGGGGUAGGAGAGCCAAACAUCAAAAUACCACACUGGAGCAUAUACAAAGUUGAAAAUGUACCAGAAUUGAUGCAAGUUCAACGUGCCCUUGCCUCGCAUGGAUUAAAAGAUCCCUGGCUUAGGAAUGAGGUGUGGCGGUAUGAUCCCAAGUUUGGUACACAUGGUCAGCGUUUCCAGAAAGCACUCUUCAGAGGAUUCAAAUGGGGAUUGAUUGCUGCCGUUGCAACUGUUGCUAUUGAGCGAGCAUUUAAUUUGGGCCAUGGUCAUGAAGAUACUCACCACUGAAUGAGCAGUUUUGAUUGCACCUUUGCUUUCUUGUAUAAAUUUCCUAAAUAAUUGGUUUUCAUUAAGAACUUAGUGCAACAAAAAUUUUCAGAUUUAAUUCGGUUAUACAAUAGUCUGGUGAAUAUUCUUGCAUUUUUAAUGUUGUAAAUUACAUGGUGUAAAUAAUGUUUAAUGACAAUAAAAAACUUUGUUAA